AUGCCGGCUACCUCACCUUCGGUGCGUUCACGACCUUCCAUACAUCUCCCGAAUAAGGACGUACUAGGAAAACAGAAUCCUCAUCAGAGACCUACCACCCCUUUUGCUAAAAAUCCAAUAGAGAAGGCCGUCUCUAAAAAAAUAAUAAGAAAAUCAAGAGAUGAUUCCCCUCCUGUUUCUCCCGUUCCUACUCUCAAGAGACCAGUUACUCCUCAUGGUAGGCCUGUCACCCCAAGGGAAAAACAACCAACAAGUAUUUUAAAAUCAGAUAAAAAAAAACAAGAUACCAUAAAACAAUCCGGUUCUAAAUCUUCUACCAUAACACGAUCUGCCUCUCCUCCUGCUCCGACCACUCAUCAUGCCUCCGCUCAUGCUAAUUCUCAUCAAGCCACUGCUCAUCGUCGUUCUCAUGAACGUGUUCCUUCCCCUGAUAAAUCUUUAUUAGAAGAAAACAAAAAAUUAAAACGUCUCCUGGAUGAGCGUGAUGAAAUGUUACAUGAGAAAGAAAUUGAAUUACAAGAAGCUGCCGAUAUUAUUAAAGCUUUAUCCGAUCGUCUUGAACAAUCACAACGUGACAAUUCUUUAUUACGUGAACAAUUAGCUUCUUCUGAUUCAACUUCUAACCUACUGUCUGCAAUUUCUAACAAUUAUCAACGUAUUCAUUCUGAAGUUGAAAAUUGUGAUGAUUUAAAAGUUACUUCUCACUCAAUACCAAAAAUCAUAGAACCUAUUAGACCUCAUUCUAGAACUUUAAAUAAACCUAUGAAUCCUAAUUUAUCACCUUUUUCAUCUAGACAGAUAGGAAUUGAUGGUAAACGUGAUCUUCAAUACGCAAAAAGGGAAGCUGCCGUUAAAGAUGUUAUAAUGGAAGAUUCGGAUGAAAGUGAUACUGAUGAAUUCUUUGAUCAUAAUAAUGAUAAUAUAUCUACCAAUCAAAUCGAUUCGGAAAUCGAAAUUGAUGACGAUGAUGAUGAAAUCGGACUUCCACAAGGCAAUUUGAAUCUAGUUGGCCGUAAUGCUAAACAUGACCAUGAAGUUCCAGCUUAUAUUAAUGAAGAUUAUGAUGAUGAAUUGACCAAUGAAACUCAACAUGCCUCACCUUUUAAUUCCUCGGUUCAAUCUUCCGAAACUUUAAAAGAAUCUGAAGUUUAUAAUAAACUCUCACCACGUCGUCUUCGUCGUUAUCCAAAUGAACCUUCUACCCAUACUGUUGAACAGUCCAAUUUUAACUCUACUGAAGGUUCUGGCAAAAAUGGUCAAUCGGUUUUGUCAUCAUCACAACAAAUUCCUUUAAAAGUUAAUGGUAAUGUUUCAAAUCCAACUCAACAACGCUCUCAACCUCCCUCAAACCCUCAAUCUCCAUCUGUUCCAAAAGUAGUGGCCUCUUCUCCAUCAAAAUCAAAAUUAAACGUUUUAAAUGCCCUAAACAGCUCCUCUCGUACUAAAAACCCUGGUCUGGCCUCUAAACUUAACUCUGGUGCUUCCUCUUCUGAUGAUCGAUGUCCAACACCUGUUCCUCAAAAUCAAUCAAAUUCAUCCGGUCGCAACGUUAAUGAUGGUUAUACCCCUACUACUCGUCGUCUCUCCAGUUUUGUGGAUUCUAAUCGUUCUUCAUCCCCAUCUCCGGCUUUAUCACAUCAACGACCUUCUCCAAAUUCUGGAAACCCCAAAAAUGUUUUGUCCCGUCCAGUUAGUCAAAUUGUUUCCGAAUCAAAAAACAGGUCAUCUUCACCACUUCUUAAACAAGUUACAUCUAUUCGCCAAACUUCUUCACCGGUCCCAUCAUCAAAUCGUCCUUCAACUCCUGCUCGCCCUCAAUCUCCUGCAUUUACCACAUCACGUACCCCUGUAUCAAGUCAACCUCGACGUGUUCGUCCUAAUGAAAAUGUUGAUCCUUCUAUUCCACGUCCACCACCUCCAUUGCCUUCACCAGCAUCUGACGCUGAUGUUGCAACCAUCCAAAAUUACCUUCGUCAUUAUCUCCGUUUAAUUGCUAAUUAUAGCACAAUGGAUAACCCUCUUAAAUAUUAUGAUCUUAAAGGGGUUAUCGAUGAAGGUUCUUCUGCUAAAGUUCAUACAGCGUAUCCAUUGAAUUCUAUUAAAGAUGAAGUCGCUGUAAAGAUAAUUCCUCUUGCAUAUUCUUUGGAAUUCAUUUUUAAUGAGAUCUAUGUUCUCAAACAUCUCAAACAUAAGAAUAUUGUUGAAUAUAAAGAAAGUUUCUUAAGAUGGGAUGGUGAUAUCCGAGAAGUAUGGAUUGCAAUGGAAAAAUGCGCUCGUGGUGAUGUUACUAAUCGUGCAGGAAAGAUUACUCCCCGUGAAGUAAGUCGAAUAACUGGAGAGCUUUUGAAAGCUUUAAAACAUUUACACGCUCAUGGUGUAAUCCAUCGUGAUAUUAAACUCUCCAACAUUUUGGCUACUGCUGAAAAUGAAAUUAAACUUGCCGACUUUGGCAUCUCCUCAUUGACUCCAACAUCGACCACUUCCGAGGUGGGCACAAUUCCAUAUAUGGCCCCCGAUGUUAUCCGCGUCGCCGCCGACCGUCCAUAUGAUACCAAAGUAGACAUCUGGUCUUUGGGUAUCUGUGUUUUAGAACUUUUAACUGGCAAAGCUGCUUGGGGACGUGCCAGUGAUAUGGAAAUCAGGGAAAAACUUCGAAAUGGCGAGAAACCCUACGGAUUUCAUCGUUUACGUAGUAAAAAAGACGUUGAAAUUGGUUGGGAAGCCAUUGAUUUCUUAAGUAAAUGUUUCAUUGAAAAUUGUAAAGAUAGUCAAUCAACUUACUUUAUACGGACCUCGGUUCUCCUUAUUGUUGAAUUAAGUCCUGCACUCUGA